GGGGGCUGUCAUUGGCCUGUAGCUCCUGAGGCAUGGCCUGGGAACAUCGGAAAGUAUCGCCUUAACGAGGUGUGACCAGCGGCUCUUCGAUCACAAGCUUGUGGUCGGCCCAGGCCUGCAUCACGCGCUAAGGCAGACUUCAACGCCGUCGCUUGAAGAUGAAGUCAUGACAGCCUCUCCCAGGUCCCUCUAAAGCCACAGCACACGGCAUCGAACAGUGCAGCGCAACGCGUCCGUCCUUCUCUACAUACGAGACUCUCAGCGCCAAUCGAGAACUGGACGUGGCUGACAAUCUUGGGAGGACGGACGACGAAUGCCGCCGCCCAAGAAGCCAUCGCCCACACCACCGCCGCCUGCCAUGGCCGACGGCGGAGACUCGGCGCCCGACUUGCGCAUCCAGGGCGACAGCAUUACGCUUCAGCCCAGUGGGUUUGUGGCGCCGCUAGAUGCCGUCCGCGACGGAGAGAAGGAGGAGGCACUGAUGAAGCACAUGGCCCGUUUUCGGUCCGAACCGUUACAGUUCCUCCGCGAAGUCUCCCUUUAUGUGUCAGGCACCGGCUGGCGCGCCUACGACGAUGUCAUCGGCCAGCCUAUCUUCUACUCGGGCUUUUCGGAGCACAUGAAGUCCCUCGUCAUGUCGGCCGCGCUUCUCCAGACAAAGAUAUCCCAGCUGGCCGACAUGCGCGUGGCCGUGGAGGAGAAGGAAGGCUUGCUCAACAAGCACGACAAGGACUUCCAGACGAAGCGCGCUCGCCGCCGCGCCGUCCUAGUCCAGAGCCUCCAGGAGGUUGCCGAGAAUCUCACGGACAACAUGAUCUGCAAGUUCGAGAGCAAGACCUUCAUCCGAGGCACCUACUACGUGGUAACACAGCUGCUCUUGAGGGCGUACCACCAGGGCAUCCAUGUGUCGAGCGAGGAGGUGUUGCGUCUCCGGAGUGUGGCCGAGGAGGCGGCGAGAAAGAAGCAGAGCAUCAUUUUCCUGCCAUGCCAUCGGUCACACGUCGACUAUGUCUCGUUGCAGCUUCUCUGCUACCGCCUGGGCCUUGCGCUUCCGGUUGUGGUUGCCGGAGACAACCUGAAUUUCCCAAUCGUUGGGAACAUUUUACAACACGCUGGCGCCAUGUACAUCCGCCGGUCGUUUGGGGAUGACCAGCUCUACACAACUCUAGUGCAGGCUUACAUAGACGCACUGUUACAGGGCGGCUACAACUUGGAGUGUUUCAUCGAAGGUGGGCGGUCACGGACGGGGAAGCUGCUGCCGCCCAAGUUCGGCAUCCUCAGCUUUGUCAUCGACAGCCUCCUCUCCGGCCGCAUCGAAGAUGCGGUAAUCUGCCCGGUGAGCACUCAGUACGACAAGGUCGUCGAGACCGAAGGCUACGUCACCGAGCUGCUUGGGGUCCCGAAGAAGAAGGAGAAUCUGGCCGACUUUUUGUCUGGAGGCUCGAGCAUGCUUUCACUCAGGCUGGGGAGGGUCGACGUGCGUUUCCACGAGCCGUGGAGUCUCAGGGGGUUCAUCGAUGAGCAGAUCGCCCGACUCUCCAAGGUGCCGUUGGCGAUCAACAUCGACUGGAAGGACACCAAGAAUGCCCUGGUUCGCCAGAAGCUGCUCCGGGUCCUCGGCUACAAGGUGCUGGCCGACAUCAACGACGUCUCGGUAGUGAUGCCCACCGCCCUGAUAGGGACUGUACUCCUUACCCUCCGAGGCCGAGGUGUCGGGAGGACAGAGCUGAUUCGCCGCGUCGAGUGGUUGACGGAUCGAGUCCGGGCGAAAGGGGGACGGGUGGCUCAUUUCGGCAACGCGCCCCUGGCUGAAGUCGUCGAGCGCGGGCUGGAGGUUCUAGGGAAAGACCUGGUCGGCGUUGUUGACGGGCUCGCAGAGCCCACGUAUUACGCUGUCGACCGCUUCCAGCUGUCGUUUUACCGGAACAUGACCAUCCACCUUUUCAUCUCUGAAGCGCUUGUCGCGGCGGCCCUCUACACCCGCGUCAAACAGGGCGGCGGGCCCUCUAACCAGGAUAUCCCGUUCAAAGACCUCCACGACCAGGUCUUGUUCCUCUCAUCACUCUUCCGCGGCGAGUUCAUAUACUCUGGCGAGGGCCUGGCCGUGAACUUGGAAAAGACACUGGCUGGCUUGGAGGCAGAUAGUGUGAUUCUCAUCCAACGCGAUGAAGAAGGCAACAUUACAAAGGUAGGCCUCUCGGACGCUGAAAGGGCCGCCGGGCGAGAAAACUACGACUUCUACUGCUUCCUGAUCUGGCCAUUCAUCGAGGCCAGCUGGCUGGCGGCGGUGUCGCUCAUGGGCUUGAGCCCGCCUCUGGGCCAGAAAGAGGAUAUCUGGAUCCAGCUGUCCAAGGCCCAAGACAGCGCGCAACUGCUCGGCAAGACGCUCUACCACCAGGGCGACCUCAGCUACUUCGAGGCCGUCAACAAGGAGACGCUCAAGAACUCGUUCCAGCGCUUCCAGGAAGAGGGCAUCAUCCAGGUGGUCAAGUCGAAAGACGCCAAGAUCCCUCCGCGCCUGCGGCUCGCGCCCGAGUGGCGGCCGGCUCGCGACGACAUGACGGGCAACCUAAUCGCGUCGGGCCGCCUGUGGGACUUCACCGAGAAGAUCGCGUCUAGCCGCCGCGAGGGCAAGAACCGCCGCGACGGCGCCACCGUCAGCACCCGCGUCGUGCGUCUCACCGACGACCUCGGCCGCAACCUCUUCGAGGACGCCGUCAAGAAGCCCGACACUAAGGGCAAGGGCAAGGGCAAGGGCGUCUCGGCCCCGCCCACGCUCAGCCGCGAGGAGGCCAGGAGCCUGGACAGGACGGUCAGCGAGCAGAAGCGACGCCGCACGUUUGAGAAUAGGGCGCAUCUGUAGAAGAAGACUCGGUUUCUCGUAUUACGAGGCGUUGGAGUUGCAUUGGACUAGGCCUAGAGGUAGACAGAACUAAGGAGUCGGAAGAGAAGAAGAGCGUGUACAUAUGGAAUGCGUACAUAUAUAUAGCCAUUGAGUAUACACCAUAGACUAUGGGACAGCGCGAGAAUUUCCUCGCAUCACUUCAGAUGAAUGGUUUUGUUCAGUC